CAGAUGUGGCCGCUCCGGUAAACUUUUAUUUAGGUUUUUUUUUUUUUUAAAUUUUUUUUUUUUUUUUUAGUUUAACCAGUGAAAGUACCAUGAAGGUUUUUGUGCUGCUUUUGUUGUGUGUCUACGGUUUGGUUUCGGCAGAUGAAGACGAGCGGCUGCCGAAUAAAUGUGAAGUGUGUAAGUUCCUGGCGGUGGAGCUGCAGGACGCUCUGGACAAAAGCAGACGAUCCAAAGAAGUUCUGGAGGUGGGAGAGGUUCUGGACACCGGCAAACGGAGGAGGAAGAUCAAAUACAACACCUCUGAAACUCGUCUGACGGAGGCGGUUGACAGCGUCUGCGAACGCAUCCUUCAGUACAACGUUCACGCCGAGCGCCCGGGCAGUCUGCGGUACGCCAAGGGAACCAGUCAGACCAUGACCACACUGAAGAACCUGGUCCACAAAGGGGUCAAGGUGGACCUGGGUUUACCGCUGGAACUGUGGGACGAACCGUCGGCCGAAGUGUCGGACAUGAAGAAACAGUGUGAGACGAUGCUGGAGGAGUACGAGGACGUAGUGGAGAACUGGUACUUCCACCACCAGGACCAGAGACUGGACCAGUUCCUCUGUCAGAACCACGUCCUGAAGACCACAGAGCAAGAAUGUCUGAAGGAGGUGUGGAAAGGAGACACGGGGGUCAAAGGUCACGAGGAGGUGAAGACGCACGACGCCGGCGAGCUGUGAGGAAACAGGAAACCACCAUGUGACCCUGGUGACCCUGGUUACCGUGGAAACGGCACCGGAGGCAAAACACGGAUCAGACACAAACUGAUCAGUAUCAACAUUCACUGGUACCAUGAGACCGGUACCAUGAGACCGGUACCAUGAGACCAGUACCAUGAGACCAGUACCCUAUGAACGGUACCAUAUGAACUCAGUGUUUUGUUGUGACUCUGUUGACCUUUGACCUCUUCUCUUGUACAGUGUGUGUUAUCUGUCUGUCAGUUCGUUGUUCUUUAUCUGUUUUCAUUCUUUUCUAUCGGAGCCUUUGGUCUAAAUGACAUUUGUACAGUUUUAUCAACAAUAAAGUCUGUUUU